AUGGCAAGCGAACUAUCACAUCUAACUUCUUCUCUGACGUCCGCUCUGUCGAACCUUCCAGCUACAGAGAAGAUCCCCGAUGGCGAGCGCAUGCAAAUUCUGGGGAUCGUCAAUAAAUUGCAAGAAGCACUGGAGCCCCCUCAGCUGCCCCUCCAACGAUUCUGUUUUUCGCACUAUGGCAUUGCUGUUAUUCGCAUAGCGCAGGGGAUGGGGAUAUUUGACGCGUUCAUCGAGUCUCAAGGACAAGAAAUGCCAUUAGAAGAGCUAUCGUCUAAAGCAAAAGGAGACGAUAGGCUGCUGAAACGUAUCAUGCGUUUCCUGUCCACGCAAAAUAUCUUCAAGCAAACAACGAGUGGGACAUAUAAACCUCUCCCGCUGGCAAUGGUAUUGGGGACUGGGUCGCCACCCGGCGACAUGAUCAAGCACUUCCACACCAACCUGCAAGUAACUGCAAAGCUUUUCGAUUAUUUUGAAAUAAAUGACUACAAGAGCCCGGACGACUCAAAGCAUGCUCCCUUUCAACUUGCCUACAACACCGAUAGCCAUUACUUUGAAUGGCUGAGCCAAAAUCCAGACAAACAACAGGUAUUUAACUCUGUCAUGACUCAAAGCCAGCAAUAUCGUGGCGCAGACUGGUUCGAAAUCUAUCCAGUAGAGGAAAGACUGCGAGCAUCUCCGGAUCACGUUUUACUGGUUGAUAUUGGUGGCGGCGUUGGCCAUGAUAUUACUGCUUUUCAGAAACGAUUUCCAACCCUCCCAGGGAGGCUUAUCCUUCAGGACCUUCCUCAGGUCAUUGAUACCAUCAAGGAGCCUCUUCCUGAAGGCAUUGCAGCAAUUGGUCACAACAUGUUCGAGAAACAACCUAUCGGUGGUGCAUUGGCAUACUAUAUGAGAACCGUUUUACAUGACUUCCCAGACAAUCAAGCCCUUGAUGCCCUUGCACGCAUCCGGGAUGCCAUGACGAAGGAGUCUAUUUUGUUAAUUCAUGAGCACACAAUGCCCGACAGUCCAGAUGUUCCUCCGAUCGCGGCGACCCUCGAUAUACACAUGAUGGAAAUGUUUGCCUCACUGGAGCGAACCGAGAAGGAAUGGGUUGCUCUUUUGACAACGGCUGGCCUCAGGGUGGUAAAGAUCUGGAAUGAGGAUUCAUUUGGACAGUCUACUGCCCUUUUUGAAGCUAGGCUGAACUGA